GACUUCCUGACGUUUCAGAACAAAAUAGAAUUUCCAUUUUUUUGUUUCAGAUUCAAGAAUUUGGUUAGAAACAUACGUGGUCGUCGAGGUGAGAAGGUUGCAAUCAACGUUCCGAUUUAUCGUGAUAAGAACACACCGAAUCCAUAUGUGGAAGAUUUUAGCGGAAUGCAAGACGGCGGAGAGUCGGCACGUGCCGCCAAACCAGAUCAUAUCUAUAUGGAUCAUAUGGGCUUUGGAAUGGGUUGUUGUUGUUUGCAAGUCACGUUUCAGGCGGUGAAUGUGGACGAAGCUCGUUGGCUCUACGAUCAGCUAACUCCGAUUACACCGGUUCUGUUGGCACUAUCAGCUGCAACUCCAAUUUUCCGUUCAAGAUUGUCAGAUCGAGACUCUAGAUGGGAUAUCAUAUCAGCUGCACAUGAUAGAACCGCAGAAGAGCGAGGGCUGGCACCGUUGAAGAACAACAAAUUCGUGCUGAACAAAAGUCGUUACGAUUCAACCGAUUGCUAUAUAUUUCCUUGUUCUGCAGGAUACAACGAUAUCCCGUUGGAAUACGAUGAAAAAAUCUAUGAACAACUUCUGAAAGGAGGCAUUGACGAGUAUUUAGCAAAGCAUAUUGCACACAUGUUCAUUAGAGAUCCACUUCAGGUUUAUAAGGAGCGUAUCGAUCAGGAUGACUCGAAAAGUACGGAGCAUUUCGAGACGAUUCAGAGUUCGAACUGGAUGAACAUGCGUUUCAAGCCACCUCCACCGGACGCCUCUGAAAUCGGCUGGCGAGUGGAAUUUAGGCCUACCGAAGUGCAGUUGACAGAUUUCGAGAAUGCUGCGUAUUGUUGUUUUGUGGUGCUCUUAACGAGAGUGAUCAUUUCAUAUCAUUUAACAUUUUUGUUACCGAUUUCGAUGGUAACUGAAAAUAUGAAUCGAGCGCAGAAACGGAAUGCAAUUCUGGAGCAGAAACUAUACUUCCGGAAGGGUUUAGCCACAUGUAUGACCCAUCAGGACACGAAGAAGACUGCGGAAUGUAAGGCACCCCCAGGCGAAGUGGUCGAAAUGACUGUCGCUGAAAUUAUGAACGGUAAAACUGAUGAAUUCCCGGGUUUGGUAACGUUGAUUCGACAGUAUUUGGAUAGUGCAGAUGUAGAUGUCGAUACGCGUUGUACAAUUUCACAGUAUUUGAAUUUUAUUCAGAAACGAGCUUCCGGCGAAAUAUUAACGCUGGCAAGUUGGAUGCGAGAGUUUGUGCAGAAUCAUGCAGAUUACAAACAUGACUCGUUUGUGAGCGAUUUGAUCGUGUAUGAUUUACUGAAAAUGAUGGACGAUAUUGCGAAGGGCGAGAAACAUUGUCCGAAACUGUUGGGUAGUUAUCGUUCGAAGACAGAUUCACGCAUUCCGAUGGCUGUACGACGUGCCGAGGAACUUCUGGUGAUGAGUAAGGCGGUGCGUAAGACAUCCACUUAG